GUGUGUUUAGUGUAAGAGGCAAUACAAAACACACACACACGUACUGCUUAUAUUAUCGCAAAUCUUAUACCAAAAUGGCAAAGCAAAAGAUUGUAGUGAAGGUGACCAUGAACUGCGAGAAGAAAUCUCGUAAGGCUUUGAAGAUUGCGGUUGGUCUUUUUGGAGUGGAGUCCGUGUCGUUUGAUGGAUCAGAAAAAGACAAGAUAGUGGUGAUUGGUGAAGGAACCGACCCGGUUGAGCUAACAAAGUUGCUAAGGAAAGGUGUUGGAUAUACUCAUUUGGUUAGUGUCGGUCCCGUCGAAGAGAAGAAACCUGAAGUUAACGAAACGACGAAUCCCACGAUCCUGCCUUUGCAAAUUAAUCCUUACCAAUAUUGCUAUAAUGGUUAUGGCAUGCCCUACUACUAUUGUUAUGAACUACGAGAUUUCAUCAACUAAUACAUAAAUCAGAACACAUUUGUAGCUUAAUUUUUUUA